GCAUGAAUAGUGUAUAUUUUCUCUAAUAUUUUUUAUAAUUUAGGUUCGCCGUCUUCGUCCGCCUCAUGCUCGUCAUCCACCUCCGCUUCACAGCAAUUGCUGCUGCCCAUAGUUAGUAUCUUUCUUCUACUUUUAAUGCCCUGUAUGUUGCUUCUUUCUCUUAUUAGUCAUGGUCAAAAAGAAAACCAACACCCCGUUCAUUGGACUGAACCAAGCCAGCCGUAAGUAGACUAUCUUUUCCGCUCCUUUGCAUUUUACAAACUUUCUACACGAUGAAAAGAAAGUUGUAGUAAAGCUGAAAUUAUACACAAUUUAUUUUUUGUUUUUUUAUAUAUCGUUGGAUAUACUUUUACGAGCUGAUUAAGAAUAAGUGUUUGAAUUUUUUUGGGAUGACUUACGGAAAAAGUUUUAAGUUUAUUCUGAAAAAAAGCUAAAUUUUCAUUUUUAUGAGAGUCAUCAAAGAUCCCCGACCUCUAAUAAUAACUUUCUCCAUUAGAACCGCUAGGGGUUGCGCUUUAAAAGUAUAGCUCGAGGUUUUCGUGAUUUUGCCUCAUUGCUGGAAAAAAAACACUUUUUCUAAAUCAUUCUGUCUAAAAGUUAAAUUAUGUUGAAGAAUUAUGAUGAAACUAUAUUUGAAUAGCAUCAGAAAUGAGUUUUCUAGACUCAGUUUUUAAUGCCGAAACCGGAAAAAUAGUUUUCGAAUUUAAAAUAAAUGCUAACAAUGAAAAUUUAGCUUUUUUUCAGAUCCAACAUAAAAUGUUUCCAUAAAAGUCAUUCCCAAAAAAUAAAACACUUAUUCUUAAUCAGUUCUUCAAACUGUAUUCACCGAUGUAUAAAAAAAUGAAAAAUAAAUUUCGCAAAAAAUUUUGCAAAAAAUUUCAACUUUACCACAGCUUUCUUUUCAUCGUGUAGGGAAUUUGUAUUGUUUGCGAACACAUUUUUUUCUAUAUAAAUACUUGUACUCUUCUAGCUUGUUAUUCUUUAAUUUUCCAUCUAUUUAGAAAUUGUCAGCAGCUCGUAUCUUCUUGUGGUGGUCCAGUUUGUGGGCAACAAAGUGGUCAACAACAGCCCCUGUCUUAUGUUUUUGGCACAAAUUAUGGACAAAAUCAGCAAACUCCCUCGUAUUGUGGUGGUCCAAUUUUCGGGUACCAAAGUGGUCAACAGCAACAGACCCCCUCGUAUUGUGGUGGUCUAAAUUAUGGACAACAAAGUGGUCAACAACAGCUGCUCUCCACCAUUAAUGUUUCGGCCCAAUCAAAUGGGCAACCGCAACCGGUGCCUGAUCUAUCUCCUCCUCCUCCAUCGUUUCAACAGCAACAACAGGAUGUUACUGACCAACCCACACAACAACAACAAUUAUUAACAACUCUCCCUCCUGAUGGCCAUUAA